GUGAUAGUACAUCACUGGUGCAACUCCCAGCAAUAGGCUCGGUCUGUUUACCGUCCUCGUCCAGGCACGGCGAGGCGGUACGGGAUCCACACUUUGACUUAUUUGAGACUUGGGCACGCGCAUGCGGACCGGAGAGUGACCCUGGCACCGUCACGCUUGGGCGCUUUUCGCUGUGCAUUUUGGUCAACCCCUCAGAGGAUAUACUGUCGUCAGAGGAGGACGGUUUGUCCAUUCGGACACCAUGACAGACGCAAAGUGCCUUCUGAAGACACCAAGUAACUUCCAAUCAUCUGCUAUGUUUGAAGACUCUGAGUCUGUGGAGGCAGAUGGAGGGAGCACAGAGAGCACUGCGGCCUCUACAAUCAGCGCUUGUAAGAAGGUUCUGUGCAGUAACAGUGUAAUGGACUCGUCAGACUAUUGGCUGAGGAAUGACAAAGCCUUGUGCAGACUGGGCCUGCUGGACGACAACGCAGAGGGCAGCUGCGCCAUGAUGUGUUUUGUGAAUCUGGACUCUCAGAAAAUAGACACAAACCGAAAGAAACUAGCACAGGUGUCUCCAGACCUGCCAAAGUUUUUUGAAUUACUAACUGGUCACCAGCCAAAAGAAAAUGAGAUCCUCUUCCUCAAUGGCCUUGAGGGAUCUGACGCUUGCCAAACACGACAAACGGUCUCUUCCCAGCUGCCGAGAAGUACAGGUGUGUGCCUGAUUCAACGUUCAGCGGAGAGACGCUUAAUCCAACCAAGCAGUAUCAUCUUUGAGAUCAACAGAUUCCUUGCUGGUUUCCAGUGGGGAAAAGAAAGACAGUUUCAACAAGGGCAAAUAAGACAACGGAUUGAUGAUGACACUAAUCGGUCAGUUUCGUCCAUAGAAGAAGACUUUCUGACAGCUUCAGAACACAUGGGAGAUGACAGCGAGGAUGACGGUUUCAGAAAUGAGGCAGAGGUUUCUGAACGAGUGGAGAGCUCAGUAGAUGUUGCACAGAAAUGCAAGGCUAGUGUCACAGGUCAGAGAGGACAGGCGGUCCAUCAUCAUAACAGGGAGGAUGCAGAAUUGAAAAAGGAUGCACAUCAGCGGGUCAACCUUCACACAAAAGAAUCAGCUGGUCACUAUGCCACCAAUCUAACAGAGUCGGUACUGCAAGAUGCCUUCAUACGCCUUUCUCAAGAUGAAACCCCCUUUAUCUCUGAGGCUGCAGUCAGUGUGUCCCACUCACCAUGCCACUCCAACAUUGCACUCUCACAUAGAAAACAGCCUUCCCAACACCACACCUGCUCUUUUGAACUUCCGAAAAUCGUCAUAGUUCAAAGUCCAGACAGUACAGAUGGAACUACAGAGUGGCCAGAGAAUCAGGUGUCAAAUGAGUCGGAUCAGGAAAUCACUACCAAAGACAUUGAAAUGCCAGAAAAGAAAGUUUAUAAUCCUCACCACAAUGGAGAACUUCCAUCAAAACCUGUAGAGGUGGCUUUGGCUUGUGCUGCCAAUGUUAUUGGAACCAUAACAUCCCCACAGCUAGCAAGAAAUCUCACUAAGGAUUUAACUUCAGAAGAAGACACAGAAGAGGAGCUGGCGAAAACAGAGAAGAAAGAUGACUACUCUUUCUCCUCGGCCAUUUGUGGUAUGGCUCAGGUUGCUGGUGCUGUUGCAGCACUGGAGCUUACAGAGAAGCCAGGGGAGGGUGUCAAUAAUGACACAGAUGUAAGAGCAGUCUACACAACAUCACAAGGUUUGAUAUCAGCCGCCCAAACAUCUGCAGCCUUGACGCUACAUUGUAGUGUUGCACAAGGUACCAGCGUGGAAGCAUUCCGUGCAAAUAUUGCUGAGGUGCUUUAUAGGGAAGCAGUUGAGGUCUUGACUUAUCCGCAUGGUUACCGGAGUGUCGCUGACCUUCUGGAAUCCACACAUAACAAGAUAGUUGAUGGCAUCACUUGUCCCAAAAAAUCCUAUACUGAAGAGAGAGAAGUGGGUGAAUUAAUCAGUGAGGUUGCCGACAGUCUUUUUAAGCAUGCAUUAGAAAAAGCUAAAAAGCAACAAGAACUUGAGGGGACUGGGAAAGAUGCCCCAAACAUCCAGGUUCUUCUGCAGGACAGUGUAAAUAAUUUGCUAUUUGAGAUUCUUUGCCAGGCACAGAAAAAGAUAAGUUAUAUUUCAAAAAGUGAUAACGGUUCAUUUGAGACAAAGGACCUUGAUACUUGCUCCAAGGAGCAUAUUCCUAUAAAAGGAGGAAGUGUUCCAUUAAGUCAACUACAGGGUCUACCAAGUUAUAAGCAGUCCACUAACACUGACAACAAACAUUGUGGAAUGUGUGAAAGCACAGAUAGGUCUAUCGUGGUUUCUGGAAAUCGCACAAACGUGCUUGAAGAAAUUGAUGUAAAUGCAUCUCCUUUUCCUGCUCACAACAAAGAACAUCAGCUGCAUUCAUGCUGUGCGCAGUUAAAGUGUGCUGUGCAUGCAAAAGACUGGUCUGGCCACCAGGAUACAACUACUGUCAGAGUCCCUUUGAGUGAAAUCCCAGUUCACUGUUCUGAGAGGCGGGGCCGAUUUAUAACAGGAAAUGAUAGCAGACAAUCAACCCUCACCCCACAGUCGUCACUCAACUCUUGCGGUUCACUCUUUUCUUCGAGAAUGGACUCGGAGAGCAGGACGCCUAUUACUUGCUAUGCUGAUGAUUUGGCUGCUACUGUGGUGUCAAUGGCCACAGAACUAGCUGCCAUAUGUCUUGAAAAUUCUACUGGGAAGCAGCCAUGGUUCUGUGCCCUGAAAGGGACUUCGAUAGAGGGAUCUGAGGCUUUCUUGAUCCCUGCUUGCCGAACGGUACUCCGAAGGAAAGAGAGUCAGAGCAACAAUGUCUCCUCUAAGAAACAUCGUGCACCACGACUCAGUGAGAUCAAAAAGAAAACAGAGGAGCAACCAGAGUUAAUGGAGCGUCUAGUGAACCGUGUGGUAGAUGAGUCUGUCAACCCUGAUGAACCACAGGACCCAUUUGCCCUUUUUGCCUCAGAAGUCACUGCCAGGAUCAUGAACUGUCCUGAGCUUAACGUGGUGGACACUUCUAAAUCAGGCCAGCCACGUAGCAGAUUGCAGUGUGAGAGGUGGAGCCGUGGGAAGGCCUCUAGUUAUGAAAGCAUUCCAGAGGAAGAUGCAGACGCCUCGGGUACUCCAAACACACUGGGCCCUGGUUGUCGUUUAGGCCAGAACCUGAGUCGCGGGAGCUCUAUUUCCAAGCAAUCGAGUUGUGAGAGCAUCACAGAUGAAUUUUCACGUUUCAUGGUAAACCAGAUGGAGACUGAGGGCAGAGGCUUUGACCUUCUUUUAGACUACUAUGCAGGGAAAAACGCUAGCAGCAUUCUGGCUGCAGCUGUGCAACAGGCCGCAACCAAGAAAAAUGGCCACCUUAAUGUCAGGACUACAUCUUGUCUGUCCAAACAGUCUAGCACUGAGAGCAUCACAGAAGAGUUCUAUAGGUUUAUGCUCCGGGACAUGGAUAAGGAAAACAAAGAGCGUGGUAUUGCAAAGACUAAAGAGUGGAGUAACAGCCUGUUCCCUCCAUCUCCCCGAACUCCCUUUUGUAUACGACAGUCAUCAGUCCCAGACAGGCGCUCUUCAGAUUCAAGACUGACUGUCAACUCACCCAUUAAAGCCAAUUCAUUUGAUGGGUUUCCCCGAAAUGUGCAUGGGGAGACAUUGAAUAUUUACCCAUCUAACUCAGUGGCAGCAACAGGACUGUGCAAGUCAGACUCAUGCCUGUAUCAAAGAGGCAAGACUGACCAAAUUACUGACAUGCUGAUCCAUGAUACCUGGUCUAGUUCAAUUGAGUCUUUGAUGCGGAAAAACAAGAUCAUUGUUGAUCCAGAGGACAGUAUCGACCUGGAGCCUGCAGGUGACUCCCAGGCCCACGUUCAGCAGUUUGCCAAUCGUCUAGCAGCUGACAUAAUAGAUAUUGGUAAAACAUCUGCUGGAGAUCAGCAAAAUGUUGCUGGGGGCACAAGUGUACCACACUCACAAAUGCAAAUGCCUGUUGGUGAGAGAAGGAGGGGUUUCAAACAAUCCCAUUUACACUGUAGCCGUAGUAGGUCAAGUCAAGAACAAAGUGGGUUGACAUCAGGGGCAGGUGACUUCAGUACAUCCCGUAUUAGAGGCCCGAGGCACGAUGUGCCAGUGAUCCACAUUGAGAGUGAUACUCAUGAAAGGAAAGAUAGUCCUCUAGAACAACCACUGGAGAUGCCAGUUACCAAGCGUACUGAGAGGAUUACAGCCAACUGCAACAGCAGUGAAAGGGACAGACCAGCUGUGGUUGCGACGAAAGUAGUGAAGAGGGACAAGCGUUCAAUGAGUGCUAGCAGUGAAGAGAGCACGGGAAGCUGGUCCCAUAUAAACACAGAGGAUGACCCCCCUGACGAGACCAGUAGUUUUAUCCACCUGUGUGAGGGGAAUGAGACCAGCAGCGGCUCAAGCGUAGGCAUGGCUGAUCUAGAUACUUUCUCUGAUGUGCCUUCUCAUAGCACAGAAAUUGGUGUAGAGUCAGAGAAAGGUGAUCAAGCAGGAACCAAAGACAGUUGCUUUGAGGGCGGCUCAGUCAGGACAGCAGGAGGUGUUACCGAUAAUGUCAGGGAACUCCUCGUGGUAAAUUGUGACCUGGAUGAAGACUGUAUGGACUCCGAGGUCACAGUGGCUCUUCAGUGGAUUGCUGCUUCUGAGCUGGGCGUUCCAGCUCUCAACUUCAAAAAGUCCAAAGAAAAAAGGGUCACUAAGUUCCAGAAGGUGGUCCAUCUGAUGUCACAGAAGUCGUGGCGGAUUGCAGACUUGUUCAGUGCUGUGCUUCAAUUCUGUAAACUUCAUGAGGAGAGUGAAGACAUGAAUCUGCUUAGCCUGUUUGACUGGCUCUUAGAGAUCAUGUGACAUGGAUAUGCUUCCACAUUCUACACACAAGUUUGCAUGCUCAAUUCUUCACACUUGUCAUCUCACCAAGUGUGUCGGCUUCCAAAGCUGAGAGCACCAAGUGAUCAGCCAACUUGACAAAUGCUCCUUUCUUAGCUGCUGUCACUUUACGUCCGUGGAGGUUUUGUCUUCUGUCUGUCACUGCUCACAUACAUCCCAGAGGAACACGGGUUGGACAUUCCUAUUGGGAGUGAACAGGCCACUGAGAGAUUAUAGUUGGCAGGUUUUAACUGCUUGAAAGUAUAUUGAUGUCCACAAAUAUUAGAGCACAUUUACACAUUAUCACAACCAAAUGAUGUGUUGGCUCAUUUCUUUAUUCCAAAAAGUACCAAUACAUCAUAGGAACAUCAGGGUCACAUUUACAGCUAUUCAGUAAGUUCCUUAUGUGAAAGAUAAUGCUGUUUACAUAUAAUUUUCUUCUGGUAUUUAUGUCACACUUUGUUUUAAAGCUAAGAAAAUGCCUAUUGUUUGUGUUCAUUAUUAAACAAACCACUCUUGUUGUGACCUUAAAAGUUUAUGUUAUGUAAUGUUAUUUGAGAACAGAUCUUAAGAUUGUUGUCUUCUAUAUAUUGACCAUUUGGACCUACAGUACCUUGAAGUAGUGGACUUUAGCAUUUACUGUGCGGUCAGGAAGACCAAGUAAGAUUCGUAAUGUUGACUUUAAGAGUGAAAUUAGUGUGUUUAUUUCACUUCUUAGUGGUACACCUGUGUUAACAGAAGCACACAGAUCAACUGUAAAGUGUCAUUAUAUAAGUGAAUGUAUUAUCUUUUGACAUCAAUAAAAAAUCCUGUGAUGUGAAACAAA